AUGACAGAUGCUCGUAGAAUAUUGCAUAAUCCAACAAUUCCACGUGCUCCGCAUUCCUUAGCAAUAAGUCGAAUACUGGUUAAAUCUGAUAAUAAUAACGCUUUAAGAAAAGAUUCAGCAGAUUUGCUGAUAUUUUCCUUUUCCUCUUUAAUGACAGCCCUCACUAUUCCCAUUAAACGAUUUGCUUCUUGUUCUGAAAGAAAGGUCUUUGCACGAGGAAAACUUGGACAAGAUUUAUCUUUUUGA